CGAAGGUUUCUCUCUUGCAGGCGAGUCGGUGAACCUCCUCUGAUUAAAGGCUGGAUCCCCUUCGUUGGAAAAGCUUUUGAGUUUGGACAAAAUUCCUUCAAAUUUCUUCUUGAACAUCAGAAGAAACAUGGAGACAUUUUCACAGUGCAGAUAGCCGGUAAGUACAUGACCUUCAUCCUGAACCCGCUACUGAUUCCAAACAUCGUCAAAUAUGGCCGACACCUGGACUUCCAUGAGUUCUCCAACCAGUUGGGCUCGUAUGCCUUUGGUUACCCACUCUUGGACCCCAAGAAGUUCCCCGGCCUGCAGGAGCAGGUCAGCCGCGCCUUCCUCCUCCUCCAGGGAGACAAUCUUUCUCCUCUGACAGAGAGCAUGCUGGGUAACCUCCAGCUGGUGUUACGUCAGGACUACCUGGGACAGAGGCCGGGUGAGGAAUGCAACUGGAAGAGCAGCAGCUUAUACAAGUUCUGUAACUCGGUCAUGUUCGAAUCCUCGCUCCUCACCAUGUAUGGCAGCCCGCCGUCCGCCAGCCGCCACAGCGGGAUGGAAGUGAUAAUGGAGAACUUUGUAAAGUACGACACUAAGUUUCCCCUCCUCGUGGGUCAAAUCCCUUUGUGGCUCCUGGGACAGACCAAGGCGAUCCGCAAGAAGCUCAUCCAUGUCUUCCUGCCGCAAAAGAUGUCACGUUGGUCCAACGCUUCGGAGUUGAUCAGGAAACGAUUGGAGAUUUUCGAUCAGUUCGACGCGCUGAGGGAUUUCGACAAAGCAGGUAAACAUCACACCUAACCCUUUACUGAGGUCAGUGAUCAGGAGCAAGACGCUGUUCUGCUGAUGAACGAGUGAAAUCACACGGAGAUAACACUUCUCCUCUGGGCUUUAACAACUCAGACACACAAAAAGCUUCCUGUGGGUUUGUCAGUGCACGACCUCAUUCACAUCAUCAUCAAUGAAAUAUUCAUCAGUUCAGAUA